AUGGCCCCUUCAUUGAGAGAUCCCCCCUCGUUCGUCCGUCCGUCCACCCGCGACCGGCCAAUGACCCGCGGUGAUCAGGGAGACAACUCGCUGGUUAUCCCAAGCAGGACCUCCUCUCUGCACUCGCGCAUCACACAGCCAAUCCCCUCGACUUUGAACAUGAAGCCCGCCCAAAGGACGCCCAAGACCCUCACGCACGCCUACAUGGUCUGUGGCGUGGGGCGUGAACCGUCCCAGUGGGUGAAGGCUCCCUCUCCAUCGCAAGGGAAAAUUGGACAUAUGAAGGGAGCAGUUGGGCAGUUUUGGCUCCCAGAGAUUUUGGGGAGCAGCCCACGAUUGGAGCAGGACAACGAGAUCGCGAGAGCGCUGCAUGCGGCAAUGAGAGCUUGUUUUCCUCAUGAUGUCGAAAUCUGCACUGGCAAAGCCCAGCCUCAUUGUGUGCACCAUUCAUUCGUUCUUCAGCAAGAUUCGACUCACACUCUCUACGGGAUUGCUCUUCGCGUCUGGUCGCGCGCCGACGAGAAGCGCGCUGAGACUAUCAGAGAACUACGCAAGAAGACUGAAUCCGAUUUCUAUGAUAACCCAGAAGAAACUUACUGGAUCCCAUACUGUCUGAGCUUUCUCUCUCGGUACCCGCUAUACAACCUGCUAGGCGACUAUCUUCGUGGAAUGUGGAUUCAUUGGAACAAAGCCACAAACCUCUUCCAUGCAGAGGAGGUCUCGCGCAUUCUGAGUUUUCCCGCUCCACGACUUAACGAUUUGGUUCGCAUUGAUAUGAAAGACUAUGCUCUGUGCUACCAGUUCCCGUCCGUCCCAACCGGCUUUCAGAACUUUGCCAUGUGGCCGCUUUUCAACUGCUUGUCUAUUCCGAAUAUUGUGGGCGUAAUCGAAGCGGCUGUCUCGCCCACCCGUCGUAUCAUUUUCGUCAGUCACUAUCCCGCGAUUCUCACAAUUGCGGCUGAAACUAUCCGGUUCUGUGUUCGUGUGUACGAAUGGAGCGGUUUGUACAACCCUGUGGUGCAUGCCCGUCACGUCAAGGAGCUAGUGCAAGAACCCGGUCCAUAUAUCUUGGGUGUUACCGCUGAGUGCCGGACGCUGUUUACUGCACCUCCUGACGCCCUGGUCGUUGAUCUGGACCGGAAUUUUGUCUUGACCUCCAGCCCACCGAAUAUCUUGACUCAAGGCCAGAGAACUAAGAUGAUCAACCGGUUGACUCAGGCACUCAAUGGAGACGUUAACCCUAGCGGCGUCCCUCAACAUCUCCGCUCUGCUUACGGUGGAGGCAAGCUGGUCCCUGCUGGUCAAAUUAUCGUGAUGAGAGGUGAAGUGGAAAGCAUCCAGGAUCCCAGUUGGUGGAAUCAGGACGCAGUCAUGUCCGUGAUGGACCACGUCUGUGAGAAAUUGGGUCGCAAUACAGGAAUGAAGGCAAUCUUUGGUGGAUCCGUCAAGAAGCCAUUGAUGACCAAGAUCUCCAUGAGACAUCUUAACGAGAUUGUCCGAGAACGGAAUCAGUAUUCGAGAGACGCUCUCGAAGCCUGGCAGGAUUUCAUCAACCUCAAGGGCAGAAUGGAUACCGAGCUUUCCAAGGUUACUAAACGCAACAAUUUCUUGGUCGAAGAGCUCGAGACGUGGAAACAACAGAAACGUCCGAGCUCAAAGUCAAGAUUGAAAGUCAUAAACGCGAGAAUCGUCGGCUUACUGCCCUCAUCGACCAGCAGAAAGAUGAUGCCGCACGCCUUACGUUACGUCUCUCAGGCACUGAGAAACAGCGCGAUGACGCAUUGGAAGCACUUGUAUUGCAACAAGAGAUUGCAGAGGAGCUGGAGCGAGAGAGGAAACGCAACCAAAAGGAAAUUGCUGCUCUUCAGCACACCAGUUCCACUCUGGGACGUCAACGCGAUGAAAGCUCAGCGUGUCGUUCUUCACCUUCGCAGUCUCAUCAAUGGCCAGAGCCACCACAUGGAGCACAUCAUCCGAUCUAUCAGCAAUGUUCCAGAAUUAUCCGAAUACAUUGAACAAGGCUUUGAUGAUCUUCCAGAAGAUGAUGAAGACCAUGAUGUCGAUGAACGUCGACCCACGCCCCGCAAGUCUAGCGUUAGGCUCAGCGCAUCAAGCCGUGCCAGCAGCAUUGAAGGCGAAGACGUAACACCCGACAUGGAAAGCCAUCUCCUUAAUCUCGGAAAGCACAAGCGCUACUCCCAGCUCAGCAUCACAGACGUCGCAGACCGCCAUCUCCGAGCGAAAACGGACGCUAUCGCCGACAUCAUCCGCAACAUCAGCGAACAGUGCGCCGCUGCCGUCGAGGGCCUUCACCUCGCUCAAGACGCCGAGUUCGACAGUGAAGCCAACAAACAUGGUGACGAGAAACGAAACAACCUCCACCCCACCGAAGAUGGGAGCCACGAGUCGUCGUCCCGCGCAGAGAGCGACAAUGGCGAUAGCCUGCUGACGCCAAACGGGCGAAACUCGAGCGUGUCCAGUAUCCCUCCCACUCCCGACCUGGUGCACAACCGCUCCAGCACGUCCAUGUCGAUGGUGAGCAGCACAACUGUUCCUGAACGGUCCAGCCAGCAGUACGGCCCUGGUGAUCUGCCAACCAGAAUCGUCGAGGCCGACGAUGAGCGUGUGCAUGAAGCGGACGCUCACCACGAGACUCAAGGUGGCCCCGUGCAAAAGAGCGCCAGCCGUGAUACAAUGAGGGCCGGCACCGUGCAUGUUGUUGCAUAG